AUGCCCAACGCGUUUGUGUCGGACCGCGACCCGCGCUUCACGGCGCGUUUCUGGCAAGAAGUGUUCACACUUCUUGGAACACGGUUCUCUAUGUCGACUGCAGAUCAUUCGCAGACGGACGGGCAAACCGAGCGCGUGAACCGCGUGCUCAUGGACUUGUUGAAAAGCUACGCCCAGUCGUUCCACAACUGGAGCGACUACUUGCCGAUGGCAGAGUUCGCCAUCAACAACGCGGUGCAUGCCUCGAUUGGGCAUACACCGUUCUUCGCGAACGCCAUGCGGCAUCCACGCCUUCCGAGCACACUCGGGGCGGUGGCUUCCUCCUUAAGUGGGGGAGGUCCUUAA